GUGCUGCGGGUGCGCGUGCGCAAGCUGCUGUAAAAGGCUCCGAGGAGUGCCCCGCCCCCCCAAAAAGGCGGGAGCCACCAAUCCCAGCACGACCACACACUCCGUCGUGCGGCGGAAGUACUUGGCCCACGUGGGCCGCGACCACUUGGAACCCGAGGAGAAGCAGGUGCUGAAGAGGCUGGUGGAGGAGGAGCUACUGCAGAUGCUGGCAGAUGACGCCGCAAUGAGGGAAGAGAAGCUAGACCUCACCAAGAAGUUGAAGAGGUCGCCCAACUCCUCCAGUGACCCAGCAAGAAAAAGAUCUCGCUUUAAUUCAGAGUCAGAGUCCAGCUCUGCAGCCUCCAGCCCAGGCUGCUUGGCAUCCCCAGCCAAGGAGAAGGAAAAUCCAACUGGAGCCUCAAAGGAAGUAGUUGGGAGCAGUGAUGAAGAACCACAAAGGGACAUGAUGGCAAAGACAGGAUCAGAAAGCAGUGAGGAGUACAGUGAGAGCAGGAGCAGGAAGAAACCUGGGACCAAGAAAAAGCAGGCAACAGGCAAGGCCUCAGCCAAGAAGCAGACCAGGGAAGACAGUGAAGACAGUGAGGAAGAACCGAUCCAGAGGAAAGCAAAGCAGGCAGGGGGCCGUGGAGAAGCUAAAAGCCACCGGGAAAGUGAAAAUGAGGAGGAGCAGAGCCUAGCCAAGAAAAAAAAGAACAGUGAGGAGGAAGAGGAGGAGGGUGUUUGGAAGCCCAGAGCUGGAACCAUUAGGGAAAGUUCAGCACAGAAAGGGAGAAACUGUAAGCAGAAAAGCAGGGCAGGGACACUAGUGAGCGACUUGGGGCAGAGUGAGGAAGAGGAGAAAGAGGCAGCUGGCAGUGGGGAUAACCAAGAGCCUCUCGCGCAGACCAAGAAUGUGGACAGGACUGUGUGUAAGGAUAGAAUACAAAGUGGAAGCAGUGAGGAUGAAGACAGCGGGACGGUGCCAGUAACUGUUCAAGGCACUGCAAAGACAACCAGCUUGGGCAGUGGCAAUGGUGAGGACAGUGACACAGAGAGGGAGGUGAGUGACGGUGAGGAAGGGACAAGUCCCAAGCGGGAGAGAAAGAACCGCUCUUCCAAGAACUCCAAGAAAGGCAGGACACGAAGCUCAUCUUCCUCUUCAGAUGAAAGUCCAGAGUCCAAGGGUGGCAAGGCUGGCUCUGGUCGCCGUGGAGAGGACCACCCAGCAGUGAUGAGACUAAAACGCUACAUUCGGGCCUGUGGCGCCCAUCGAAACUACAAGAAGCUCCUGGGUUCCUGUCACUCACACAAGGAGCGUCUGAAUGUACUCCGCGCUGAGCUGGAAGCCCUGGGCAUGAAGGGCAAUCCUUCCUUAGAGAAAUGUCGGGCACUAAAGGAGAAGCGGGAAGAAGCAGCUGAGGUGGCGUCACUGGAUGUGGCCAACAUCAUCAGUGGUUCAGGCCGGCCUCGCAGACGUACUGCCUGGAACCCUUCAGGAGAAGCAACACCCCCAGGGGAGCUAUACCGCCGGACCAUAGACUCAGAGGAGGAGCGGCCUCGUCAGGCACCCCCAGACUGGUCCCAUAUGCGUGGCAUCAUCAGCAGUGACGGCGAGAGUAACUGAGCCCCAUACCCUUGCCCUUCAGGAAGGUCCUCCCACCACCUGUGCAAAGUGUACAUAGCACCCCUGCUGAGCCUGCAGAGCAGGAAGCAGCCUUCAGAGAAGACAGAAGCCCUCAAAAUCUCGGUAUAUUAUUUUUCUUCACAUUCUCUGUUUAGGGUGUCUACAGGGGUUAUUUUUUAAGACUCAAUAAAGGAAUGUUUAUAAUUACAUCA